AUGGAUAUAAAUCAAAUUCACAAUCAUUUUUCUAUAAAAACUGAUAUUGAUGAUGAUUUUAAAUUAAUAAAUGAUAUGUCAAAAGAAGCAUCUAUUAUUGAUGAACAUCGUCGUUUACGUGAUAAUGAAAUAACAGAGAAGUUUGAUGGAUAUAUACGAAAAGGUUAUUCUACGAUAAAUGAUACUUGUCCAGUUUGUAGUUAUAUCCUUCUUCGUACACCUGCACGUCAAGUAUUUUGUGUUGGUUGCAAUGAAAUCAAAAUUGAUAAUAAAAGAACUCGUCAUAAAAAGAAAAUUGUAACAAGACAUAAGAAAAAAAGUCAUAUAAAAUUUUCAAAAACACAAAAAAAGAAAAGAGAACAUAUUGAAUAUGUUCAUAAUUGCAAUCGACUUGAAAAUAAAGUUAAAUGGGCUAUUGAUAAAUUAAUAAAAAUUCAAAAGCCAAAUCGUAUUAAUGAAAUGUGUACGGUUAUUAUUAAACUAAUCGAAACAAUAGAUCUACUCAAGAAACAUGAAAUGACAUCUAUAACAAAUUAA